AUGUCUGGCUCCUGGUUGCAUGCCAUCUCAUUGCUUACCUGUGUUGGUUAUGCGUCUUUCGCUGCCGCCGCCGCACCCCCCGCUGCCGAUCCUUGUGCUAAAAUAGCCGGAAAGAGUUUUAUUCUGCCAACGGACGCUCUUGCCUGCCAGAAGGCUUUCCCCUUCAACGAAACCCUUCGACAAAACGUCUUGUCCAACAUCGCAGGAGUUUUCGAUUUCUUCACAUUUGAAGACUAUUACUUGAAAUCCCCGCCUCCCUUCCAGGAGUCUACAGUAGAUAUCAGGGCCACACUCGCUAGGCUGAAUAGGACGAGAUUUGCGACUGACUAUGACUUCAAUUGGGCUGUGUACCAAUUUACGACACAGUUGAACGAUGGUCAUACUCAUAUCUUCACCUUUCUACUCCAAGGUUGGUUCCCGAACUGCUAUACCAAUUUCCAGAACAUCAUUCCGACACCUCUCGUGUCUUUGGAAGAAAACGGGGUACAAAGUAUCUUUGUAGCGCCUGACGCAGUUGAAUUCAGCAACUUGAUUGGCACAGAAUUCACUGGAUUCUUCGACUCAAUCGGCUUUGACUGGAAGCGCCUUGCUGGUGCCAAAGUCAUUCAGAUUGAAGACCAGGAUCCAUACGAUUACGCCGAUUUCGUGGCCAAGACUGUCUCCGGGAACUACUUGGAUCACGGUGUGCGAGUCAAUUCGGCGUUCAGCAGCUACAGGAUUUCCGGAAAUGCGUUCUCGCAGCGGAUUGGAGAUAUGGCAGGCCCCACUGGGAGUGUGCAAACCUCGCUGAAACUCAAACUCAUCCCCGUUAACUCUACGCGAGCCGAGACCGUCAGUGUGCCUUUCCUGACGAACUUCUUGGGCAGCCCUUUCACCGACAAGGCUUCCUUCUGGGCCAAUAAUUGCGCUGCAACGGACUCUACGAAUGGCAUUGACUUUAAGGGAGCUAGCUUCUCUCCGCCCCCUCGACGCCUACCUCGUGCCGACAUUAUCGAUAAAGGGGAGAGUAGCGCCGUAGGAUUACCUCACGAGUUUGAGCCUACAUUACCUCCAGUCAAUGGCAGCACUGGCGUGAUUAAGUCUUUUAUCUUACCUGAUUCCAAGACGGGGGUGAUGUUCGUCGGUUCCUUCGGAGGGGACUUCAACGGAUUCCAACACGACGUUGUUGCAGCCGUUACUCAGUUCAAAGCAGCAGGUGUAACGCACUUGCUCAUAGACUUGACGGAUAAUGGCGGUGGAUUUGUUUGCUUGGGACAAUUCCUGCACCAAUAUUUAGCUGGCUCCAAAAUUGGCUAUCCAGGCUUUGUGUCCACAACCAGAGGCAACCCUUUAGCUCAGAAGAUCGUUGCCGGGGAUAUCGCAUUCGGUCUCAAUGGCAACUUCGCAUUCUACACAGCCGAUAAUUGGGCGUUUUUGAACGACACUCAGAUGCCCGCUAGCUUCAAUUAUUUGUCGCCAGUGGCUCCGUUCGUUGUCAAUGGUCGUCCUGACCCGACAUCACAGAGAUUCCAUGAUACAUGCGAUCUUGGAUUCGUCGAGAGCGUACCGGAAGAUCCUCCCUUUGAUUUGAACAAUGGGCAGUGUGCCUCGACCUGCGCCAUGUUUAGCACAUUGAUGAACGAGAGACAUAACACUAAAAUAGCUAUCUUCGGGGGAAGACCUGGACAGAGUAUUGAAUUCAAAGGGAUGUCCGGGAACCAAGUCUUAGAAUGGUUCGACCUUGAUUCAGAAAUCAAGACGGGUGGCGUGAAAGACGACCCCCUAGCCCCCCCUGACCUUUUGGUUUCGGCAAAUAUGCGAGUAAAUUGGAGGACUGCUUGGAGCUUCUUCGAUGACCAGAGGCCUAUUGCCUACGUCUCAGAAUUACCGAAGUUCCGUUUCGCGUACACCAAGGACACGUACAACAAUCCGCAGAACCUCUGGACAUUCGCUGCGAGCAAACUUUUUUCUUGA